GAGGUCUGUUACGACGGCGACGGCGAGUGCAGCGGUGGGGCAUUAAAGUCUCCGACGUCGAACCGUCCUCGCGCGCUCGCUCGUUCUCGUCUCCGGUGCAUUCUCCGGUUUCCUCGAUCGCGUGUAACGCCGUAGUUUCUAGUGCGUUUUACCCGUUAUUAUUCACGUCGCGCAGUCAAUAUUAUUUACCAAAACGGAAGUAAUAAUUGUAUUCCGAGAUAUAUGUACGUAUCUUUAGCUUGUACGUACGCACCUGGUGCUCGCGUCUAGUGCGGUUUUUCGCGGUGACUUUCGACUGCUCAAGAUUCGACAUCAUCAUGUUCGACGACACUGCGGCAAUUGUGCUCUCGGCCACCGCUGUUACAGUCCGUCGCCCGUAACGCGGUGGCAAGCGAACGCUCCGGGUCCUCGGGGGGUCGUCGCCGCUCGGCAUAACCGCGACGGGCACGGGUCGGCCACGGGGGCAUGCCUCCGGUCUCGUAGGGCUCCACCGGCCCAUUAUGCGCACAGUCCGGACGGAUGUUAUCAUCAAGGCGUUGUUUUGGAACGUUUUGUUGGCCGUCAAUUUCAGGACAUUGGCAAGUGCGUUUGGCGCUCAAGUGAUUUGCAACAGGAUGGUCGGACUGACGGCGGAUCAACGGAGGAUUUGCGCAGCUGCGCCCGACGCGAUGGGCGCCGUCGGCCACGGCAUACGCAUAGCCAAACAUGAAUGCCAACAGCAGUUUAGCACCCAUCGGUGGAACUGUACGGGGCCGACGAAGGGUAAUGCACUCGGACACUUACAGAUCACCGCGAGCAGAGAAGCGGCGUACUUUUACGCGGUGAUCAGCGCGGGCGUGACGUACGCACUGAUGGAGGCGUGCAGCCGGGGAAACAUAUCAAUCUGCGGCUGCGAUGCGCAUUACCCGAGCCCCGUGGACGCGGGACCGGCGGCCACGGCGUGGAAGUGGGGCGGGUGCAGCGUGGACCUGCGCUUCGGCAUGGGCUUCGGCCGCAAGUUCCUGGACGCGCAGGAAUCGAACGUCAACGACUCCCGAAGCCUGAUGAACCUGCACAACAACAAGGCCGGCAGGAAGAUUGUCAAGAUGCUGUUGAACACCGACUGCAAGUGUCACGGGGUGUCGGGCAGCUGCACGAUGAAAACGUGCUGGCACAGUUUGCCGCACUUCCGGGAGGUCGGCAAAGCGCUGAUGCGGAAGUAUAAGGACGCGCGCAGCGUGUCCGCAACCGCGGUGGUGGCUGGAGGUAACCAGAGGAGUUCGGGGAAACGGUCAUCCAGGCGACUCAGGUUGAAACUCAGAUCGACCCGGUCGCCGGCGGCAGCCGAUCCGACCGAAGAGGAGCCCAGGAUCACUGAACUCGUUUACCUGGAACAGUCACCCAACUACUGCGACCGGGACUUCGGUACUGGGUCCUUGGGCACGUACGGUCGAUCCUGCAACCGGACUUCAGAAGGCACGGACGGCUGCGACCUUUUGUGCUGCGGACGAGGGUACAACACGCACCAGUUCACCAGGACCAAACAGUGCCGGUGCACGUUUUACUGGUGCUGUUACGUCAAGUGCGACACGUGUGUGGAACGAACCGAGGAGUACAGUUGCAAAUGACUGGACCAGGUGCAGCCGAUGCGACAUCCCUAAUAAUAAUAAUCGCCGAGCGAUCGCAAUGUUUAACUAAUACAAUACCAUUGCCAUCGUCUUUUUUUUCAUUUUAACAACAUUAUAAUUAUUAUUAUUUAAUCAUCAUCGUCGUUGUCGUAGCGCAAUACAUCCGCGGAUUCGUAUAACAACUGGACGGGUCGGUUACAUCGUAAUGAUCGCAGGACGUAUUUUCGAUACGAUCAUUGUUAUUCACGUCCCGUCGGUGAAACGUUUACAAAACGUUUUUCAUCAUUUUUAGCACCGCGUCCUAAUGCCGGAAUCGAUGACCGUACACCGUCGUCGGUAAACCCGCGGAGUCGUGUUGUACACCAAUGCCGUGCUCGUGUCACCGUUAAGGGCCCCACACACGGUCAGUUUAUCUGUGAAAUUCAUCUGUGCAAAUAAUUGAAUAUAAAUUGUACAGUUAUCUGAACUGAAGGUGUGUAGGCUACUCGAAGUUUUUUCCUAGGUUAUAUUCACAGUUCUCUCAGUUUUCCAGUACAGUAUAGUACGGAAAUCGUUCGGUUACCACAGUGUACAGUUCGUGUUUUUAAUGAUGGGUGACCGAAAAAUAAAUGCAGAUUUGUGUUGUUUGGUAGCUGCUUUUUUUUAUGCGAUACGUGUGACACUCACUACUGGAAAGACGAGACAAGAAUGUAUGAGCUGUGCGGUUACCUAUGCUAACUGCACGGUUCAUCGGUACAAAGUAGAACUUAUUGCACAGAUAAAAAAAUUGAGUAAAAACCUAAUGGAACUGUUACCUCAGUUAAUUGCACAGACAUGACGUCACACGUGAUAAAAUGCACAGUUGAACUUAUAGUGUGCGGGGGCCCGCACCGUAAUUAAGGAUUUUUAUGUACAUACAUACGGUAGACGACUGUCCGGUUCUUAUACGAAACCCGAGUGCACGCUUACUUGUUACGUUCGUGCAAUGCGCCCUGCGUUCGGGUGUACGGAUUUCACACGAAAUUAACAUAUGUAAUCGUGUGGUAUAUCUAUGUUUAUAUUUAUGUAUAUUUUGUACGAAUAAAACAGUUCGUCUGCACCACGUGUAA